AUGGGGCGCGCGGUGCGCGGGCUGCAGUCGGCGCUCGCGGGGGAAGCCCGAGUUGCAGCCGGGAGUGGGUGGGAGGAAGCGAGGUUGGGGGGGAAGGGAAAGAGUGCGGGGGGCGGGGAGGGGCAGCGCCCAGGCGGUGCGCCGAGCGAGGCAAGGCGGCGGGUGUAAGGGAGAGCCAGCCGCCUCUGUUCCCCUCGCCUCGGUGCGGCUGUCCGCGGCGCUGCCUCCGCCCUCGCUGCGCGCCGCCGCCGGCGGGACUCCAGGGAGCCCCCGGCGCCCCCGACGGGGCCGAGGAGUCUGGACUUGGGGAUCCGGCGCUGAGGGAGGAGCCUGGUCGGAGCCGCGAAGCCCAAGGCUCCAGGGCGUGAAGGUGGGGGGGCUGAGGCCCCUGAGGGGGCCCCGCCGCGAUGGGCAACCUGGAGAGCGCCGAAGGGGGCCCGGGAGAGCCGCCCUCUGUCCCGCUGCUGCUGCCGCCCGGCAAGAUGCCGAUGCCUGAGCCCUGUGAGCUGGAGGAAAGGUUCGCCCUGGUGCUGAGCUCAAUGAAUCUGCCUCCAGACAAGGCCCGGCUCCUGCGGCAGUAUGACAAUGAGAAGAAGUGGGAUCUGAUCUGUGACCAGGAACGAUUCCAGGUGAAGAAUCCUCCCCACACUUACAUUCAGAAACUCCAGAGCUUCUUGGACCCCAGUGUAACUCGGAAGAAGUUCAGGAGGAGGGUUCAGGAGUCAACCAAAGUACUAAGGGAGCUGGAGAUCUCUCUUCGCACCAACCACAUUGGGUGGGUGCGGGAGUUUCUGAACGAUGAAAACAAAGGCCUGGAUGUGCUGGUGGAUUACCUGUCCUUUGCCCAGUGUUCUGUCAUGUAUAGCACUCUCCCUGGGCGCAGGGCCCUGAAGAACUCCCGCCUAGUGAGCCAGAAGGAUGACGUCCACGUCUGUAUCCUUUGUCUCAGAGCCAUCAUGAACUAUCAGUAUGGAUUCAACCUGGUCAUGUCCCACCCCCAUGCUGUCAAUGAGAUUGCACUUAGCCUCAAUAACAAGAAUCCAAGGACCAAAGCCCUUGUCUUAGAGCUUCUGGCAGCUGUGUGUUUGGUGCGAGGAGGUCACGAAAUCAUCCUUGCUGCCUUUGACAAUUUCAAAGAGGUAUGCAAGGAGCUGCACCGCUUUGAGAAGCUGAUGGAAUAUUUCCGGAAUGAGGACAGCAACAUCGACUUCAUGGUGGCUUGCAUGCAGUUCAUCAACAUCGUGGUGCACUCGGUAGAGGACAUGAACUUCCGGGUCCACCUGCAGUAUGAGUUUACCAAGCUGGGGCUAGAGGAGUUCCUGCAGAAGUCAAGGCACACAGAGAGCGAGAAGCUGCAGGUGCAGAUUCAGGCAUACCUGGACAACGUGUUUGAUGUCGGGGGUUUGUUGGAGGAUGCUGAGACCAAGAAUGUAGCUCUGGAGAAGGUGGAGGAGUUGGAGGAGCAUGUGUCCCAUCUCACAGAGAAGCUUCUGGACCUAGAGAAUGAGAACAUGAUGCGGGUGGCCGAGCUCGAGAAGCAGCUGCUGCAGCGGGAGAAGGAACUAGAGAGCAUCAAGGAGACAUACGAGAACACAAGCCACCAGGUGCACACCCUGCGGAGGCUCAUUAAAGAGAAGGAGGAGGCCUUCCAGCGUCGAUGCCAUUUGGAGCCAAGUGUCCGGGGCCUGGAGUCUAUGGGCAGUGAGGCCCUGGCCAGAGUAGGCCUUGCAGAGCUGAGUGAGGGCAUGCCACCCUCCGACCUAGACCUUCUGGCUCCAGCCCCACCCCCCGAGGAGGCCCUGCCUCUGCCUCCACCACCAGCUCCACCCUUGCCCCCUCCACCUCCCCCAUUACCAGACAAGUGUCCCCCAGCCCCACCUCUCCCUGGUGCUGCACCCUCUGUGGUGUUGACAGUGGGCCUGUCAGCCAUUCGAAUUAAGAAACCUAUCAAGACCAAGUUCCGGCUGCCUGUCUUCAACUGGACAGCACUGAAACCCAACCAGAUCAGUGGCACUGUCUUCAGCGAACUUGACGACGAGAAGAUCUUGGAGGACCUGGAUCUGGAUAAGUUUGAAGAAUUAUUCAAGACAAAAGCACAGGGCCCUGCCCUUGACCUCAUCUGCUCCAAGAACAAGACAGCGCAAAAAGCUGCCAGCAAGGUGACUCUGUUGGAAGCCAAUCGUGCCAAGAACCUGGCCAUCACCCUACGCAAGGCUGGCCGCUCAGCUGAGGAGAUCUGCAGGGCCAUUCACACGUUUGACUUGCAGACGCUACCUGUGGACUUCGUGGAGUGCCUGAUGCGCUUCCUGCCCACAGAGGCUGAGGUGAAGCUGCUGCGGCAAUACGAGCGUGAGCGGCAGCCCCUGGAGGAGUUGGCAGCUGAGGACCGCUUCAUGCUGCUCUUCAGCAAGGUGGAGCGGCUGACCCAGCGAAUGGCUGGCAUGGCCUUCCUGGGGAACUUCCAGGACAACUUGCAGAUGCUCACACCGCAACUCAAUGCCAUCAUUGCGGCGUCCGCUUCCGUCAAGUCUUCACAGAAACUGAAGCAGAUGUUGGAGAUCAUACUUGCACUGGGGAACUACAUGAACAGCAGCAAGCGAGGAGCUGUGUAUGGCUUCAAGCUCCAGAGCCUGGAUCUGCUGUUGGAUACCAAGUCCACUGACCGGAAGAUGACACUGCUUCAUUUCAUCGCCUUGACAGUGAAGGAGAAAUACCCAGACCUGGCUAACUUCUGGCAUGAGCUGCACUUUGUUGAGAAGGCUGCAGCAGUGUCCCUGGAGAACGUGCUGCUGGACGUGAAGGAGCUGGGUCGGGGCAUGGAGCUGAUUCGGCGGGAGUGCAGCAUCCACGACAACAGCGUCCUCCGGAACUUCCUCAGUACCAAUGAAGGCAAACUAGACAAGCUCCAGCGGGAUGCCAAGACAGCUGAGGAGGCCUACAAUGCAGUUGUGCGCUACUUUGGCGAGAGUCCCAAGACCACACCUCCUUCUGUAUUCUUCCCAGUAUUUGUCCGAUUCAUUCGUUCUUACAAGGAAGCAGAGCAAGAGAAUGAAGCCCGCAAGAAGCAGGAGGAGGUAAUGCGGGAGAAGCAGCUGGCUCAGGAAGCCAAGAAACUGGAUGCCAAGACUCCAUCCCAGAGGAACAAGUGGCAACAGCAGGAGUUAAUAGCAGAGUUGAGGCGGCGCCAGGCCAAGGAACACAGGCCUGUUUAUGAGGGAAAGGAUGGUACCAUCGAGGACAUCAUCACAGGCCUCCACUGCCAGCCUAUUGUUGUUCACCACCAAGCCAGGAGUGCUGCGCUGCCCAGUGGCCCCCCUCGGGCUCCAGGUCCCCAUUGAGACCCUCUUGGAGGCAGAAGCACUUCAGCAUUCAGAGUCCUACAAGUCCAACCAGUGGACCUGGAAUUGGCCAAGGGCCCAGGAGAGGACUAUGCUGCUCUCAACCCUGUCCGCCCCAGCCCCUGAGGCUGGAUCUUUCUACUUGUGCCACUAUGGGCACUAGGUCUGUAGGUCUCUGGUGACUCCAGUACUGCACUUUGCUCCCAAGAUCUUUGACUUCAUUUCCUGAAGGGUCACCAAGGGUCAGCCCAGGGCUGAGAAAAAACAUUUCCAGCUUUAGCCUAUACAGGGCACGUAGAUCUCUCUCCCGCUAGAGCCCAGAGUGCUGACAGGAAAGGGCAACUGUCUUUUUUUUCCUUUCUAUUUUGCAGGCCCAUGGGCGGCUCUGGUCUAGAUGUAUCUAGGCUUACGGAGCCCUGGGACUCUGUCAGUCUGAGUUCAUCUCUUACCAGAAGCAAGGCCCUCUGCCAGCUGUGCCCUAGUGAUAAGAGUAAGAGAAGAGAUGUCAGGCUCACUGCCCUUAUUUUUCUGCCCAUUUCAUUCUAAGCUCACACUGUUCCUUGUCAAGGUGGGCAGAAGAACAGAGGUUUUCUUUGCACCAAUCCCUUUCUGCAGAUGGCUGGAGAAGGGGUGUGCCAACCCUUUACAUUCUUUCUUCAGCUGCAUUUUGUUUUGUUUUGUUUUGGCAGGGGACAGGGAGCAUGGUGGUCUUAGCUGACUGUUUGCUCCGCUUCCUGUUUGUCCUCUGCCCCAAGAAGGGAAUGUGGGGGCCCACUUAUUUUGUACAUGUUCCACCUCCCUUUCCUCUUGUACAUAAACCCGACUUUCCCUCCCUC